AUGUUCAGCCCGGACGGGGGGCUGCCGGCCGCCCCCUUCGGCCUCCUGCCCGAAGCCGGCCCGCCCUUUCCCCGCGGCGGCUUCGACGGGGCGGCCGCGCAGCCGCUCUUCUUCCCCUUCGCCACCGAGCCCGAAGCCACCCGCGAUCCGCCGCCAGCCCGCGCCUGGCUGCCCCCCCCCGCGGGGCCGCCCGCCAAGGCGGAGGCGCGCCCGGUCCGGCCCUGCAGCCAGCCCUCGCCCGAGCCCCGCACCGCGGCCUGCUGCGGGUCCACCUGGACCUCCCCGCCCUGGGCCGGGCCCGCGCCCCCUGGGGCCGCCGCCGCCCUGCCCGGUCCGCCCUUCCCGGGCCCCGCUGCCUUCCCCGGCCCGCAGCUCUGCCCCGCCGCCCUGCAGCCGGGCUCUGGGGGCUUGUCCGGGCUGGGCAGCAGCGGCAGCUCCAGCGGUGCCGCCAGCGAGGGCGGACACUCCAGCGACAGCGGCGACGAGGAUGCACCAACAUCGGAGGAGCUGGAGCAGUUCGCCAAGGACCUCAAGCACAAGCGCAUCAUGCUGGGUUUCACCCAGGCUGAUGUGGGGCUGGCUCUGGGCACCCUCUACGGGAAGAUGUUCAGCCAGACCACCAUCUGCCGCUUCGAAGCGCUCCAGCUCAGCUUCAAGAACAUGUGCAAGCUGAAGCCACUGCUGCAGCGUUGGCUCAACGAGGCAGAGAACACGGACAACAUGCAAGAGAUGUGCAAUGCAGAGCAAGUGUUGGCCCAAGCCCGGAAGAGAAAGCGCAGGACCAGCAUUGAGAACAACGUGAAGGGGACGCUGGAGAGCUUCUUCCGCAAGUGUGUGAAGCCCAGUCCCCAGGAGAUCUCCCAGAUUGCUGAGGACCUCAACCUAGACAAAGAUGUGGUCCGGGUCUGGUUCUGCAACCGGCGUCAGAAGGGCAAACGGCUGCUCCUGCCCUUCGGCAACGAGGCGGAGGGGGUGAUGUAUGACAUGAACCAGCCCCUUGUGCCCCCCGCCCUGCCCAUCCCGGUGACGUCCCAGGGCUACAGCCUGGCACCCUCCCCUCCUGUCUACAUGCCACCCUUCCACAAAUCUGAGAUGUUCCCCCCCCCGCUGCAGCCCGGGCUCUCCAUGAGCAACAGCAGCCACUGAGCCAGGGCUGCGCAGGCUCUGUGGGGCAGCUUUCCCCCGAGCAGGCUCAGGCACGGCCCCGCUCCCGCUCCGGGGCACUUGCUGGGGAGCGCAGGGCAGGGGAAGGGCUGGAAGCCUGGCACAGGGAUGCCACCCGCUCCCUGCGAUUGCUCCCAGCCCUUCCCAGUUAGGUGAAUUUACUGGUUCCAGCAGCAUCUGACCUCUCCUGGAGGGCAGCUGCCCCACUGCACCCUGCUGAAGCCAUGUGUGCCCGGGAUGCUGAGUGGAGCCAUUUGUGCCCAGCUGAGCAGCUCCUGUGAGACCCAGA